UGUUAUUUGACAUUACGUGAACAUUUUAGACGCUAACCUCCUGGAUGAGCGAGAUAAUAAAGUAUAUGCAUACGGUUAUGAGUAGAAUAAGUAAAAUAAUUUAUUUCUUUGCAAAAAUUUGAUUUUCCUUAAAAGCUUACAGUUAUUUGUGUAUUUUGAAAACAAAGUCAAAAUGGCAAUCGUGAUGCACCCUAUUAUCAGUUCAAUACAAAAAAUAGCUCUAUAUGAAACAAAAUCUAGACUUUUUGUAAUUGCUUCAAACAAUUCAGAAAGUAAAUUUAGAGUUCUAAAAAUAGACAGAUUGGAGCCUCGGGAGCUCACUGUCAUCGAUGAUAAAGUGGAAUACUCAAGAGAUGAGAUAAGAGAUCUAAUCAACAUGAUCGACACUGGUAACAGGGGAAGAGCCGGAGGCGCUUUACGACCGGAUGUUUCAGCUUUUGGCAUUGUUGGGUUUGUACGAUUCAUGGAAGGAUUCUACAUGGUCCUCGUAACCAAGAGACGCAGGGUAGCUGUAGUUGGUCUCCAUACUAUCUACAAAGUUCAAGACACAGCUAUUAUUUAUAUACCCCAUGAAAGUGUGCGUGUUGCCCAUCCAGACGAGGCCAGAUAUCUGAAAAUGUUCCAGAGUAUAGAUCUUUCCAGCAAUUUCUAUUUUAGCUACGGUUAUGACAUCACACACACACUGCAGGUUAAUAUGGCAGUUCCAAGAAAUAUUUCUCAUCUUCAGAGUUCUUCCAAUCUUCAUCAUAAAACACCAGGUCCAAUUGAACAUGCAGUGGCAGAAGAUUUAUUUGCAUCUCUUACAGAUGAAGACAGUACAAGUAAUGCUAAAAGUAGGGAGGAAGACUCUCAGGGAUCUUCAGCUAUAAAGUCCUUGGUUCACUUUGGAGUGAGGGGAGAGCCAAAUCGCAGAUACGUCUGGAACUCCUAUCUUCUGUCUCGUGUGGAGAAGGAACUCCAUCCGGAUUGGAUACUUUAUAUAAUGCAUGGUUUCAUCAGCCAAUCGAACGUCAGCAUCUUCGGUAGAUCAGUCUACAUUGCUCUCAUUGCCAGGAGAUCCAAUAAAUAUGCAGGCACUCGAUUUCUUAAGAGAGGGGCUAAUUUUGAUGGAGAUGUAGCCAAUGAGGUGGAGACAGAACAGCUGGUAGAGGACAUAGGUAUCUCAUCCACAGAGAACCCACGGAUGAGCUCCUUUGUGCAGAUGCGAGGUUCUAUCCCAGCCCAUUGGAGCCAGGACAUCAGCAAGAUGGUGCCAAAGCCUGCCAUCACCUUCGACCUCAGUGACGCCUUUGCACAAACUGCCGGUGCUCAUUUCAACAAGCUACUACAGCGCUACGGUUCUCCCAUCAUAAUCCUGAACCUGGUGAAGGAGAGAGAGAAGAAGAAGCAUGAAUCACAGCUGAGUGGAGAGUAUCUGUCAGCUAUCACAUAUCUGAACCAGUUUCUACCCCCAGACCAUCGUAUACAGUAUGUGCACUUCGAUAUGGCACGGAUGAAUAAAGGAAAAGGUGCGAAUGUGAUGGGUGGAUUGGCGGAUAUUGCUCGAUCAGCCGUGACCAAAACAGGCUUCUACACAAGCUAUCGGUCAUACAGCAGCCAGCAGCAUCUGACAUCUGUGGUGGGACAAGAGUCCAGUGAUGGACGUGUCCAGACAGGCAUUAUACGUGUCAACUGUGUCGACUGUCUCGAUCGCACCAACACUGCCCAGUUUGCAGUGGGAAAAUGUGCCCUAGGCUACCAGCUGUGCUCGAUGGGGCUCUUGCAGUGGCCGGCCCUGGACUUUGACUCUGACUGCGUGCGGCUGUUGGAGGUCCUGUACGAGGACCAUGGUGAUACUCUGGCACUGCAGUACGGCGGUUCUCAGCUGGUACACAGGAUUAAGACCUACCGUAAGACCGCUCCUUGGACCUCACAAGGCAACGACAUCAUGCAGACUCUCAGUAGAUACUACAGCAACACCUUCUCUGACACUGAGAAGCAGCAUGCCAUGAAUCUGUUCCUGGGCUUGUUUGUGCCUGACGAGCACAGUUCUCCUCUGUGGGAACAGGUUACAGACUACUACUUGCACAAUAGCCUACUAGUGCAACAUAGACUAACGCCCCAGACACAGUGGUGGGAUCAAGAGGUGAUGCAGUGCCUGCCACUCUCAGUGGCCCAAUGUCACAAAACGUGCAAGGACUUCUUGAAGGUCUCUCCUCUGGACAUUGAGUUUGUAGAUGCCUACAGUGAUUUUCACAGACCACACGAGUUCACUGAGCUUAAUGAAACUUAUGCCAACAAAAUUAGCCAUUCUGUCCGUGAUUUCAUGCCUCACUGUGUGACAGACUUCUCCCCCUUCACAGUAAGGAUACGGCCAGGAAGACGCAGGGAGGAGACAGGCAGAGGUGCCACUGCAGGCAAGAAUCCUUCCCUAACCGGUCAGAGUUCUACCAGCAGCACUGCUUCUACUGACAGUUCUGAAGAGAGUGAUGAAGAGAGUCUAGAUCCUCACCAUUCGGAGAGCUACCACUCGUCUCCUGCCAAGGACAUGACAUCCUCAGGUCUUGUCACGUUCGACUCUCUGUUCCCUUCCUUCCAGCAGACCUACGGACAGGAGUUGCAACCUCCCUCUAAGUCUGACACUCACCUGUACAAGAGGUAUGUGUUGAUGUACCGUAUGGCGAACAAGGCAGCGGAGCAACCUCUGUCAACCGGGAUGGUAUCACCUUCGCAGACACAGCCUAGCGUGAGAACUUCUGCUUUUGAGGUCACCCCUCCUGAGGUGAGCGAGAAGUCAGUAGCCAUCUACAGCCAGUAUGUGGAGAGGGCAAGAGGCAAUGUGACUGUGAACACGGACAAAUACCAAGCCUACGUUAACUGUGAACUAGGUGUCUUCCCAGUCGUGGGGUGGGAGAACUGAGCUAUCUCCUCCUGUAUCUGUAAGAGUGAUAUAAUUUUAAAUCUGACACAGAGUAUACACUAAUGUAUUUACACUCUCACUGUAAGUUUUGAUAUUGAUUCUAUAUUAUUCACUGUAGUAUUUUAUUUCUGAAAGAAGUGACUGUUUUUAGUACAAAGUGAACCCAUCCAUGGGAAUCAUGAGGUAAUCCUAACAAGAGUAUGUAUAGAAUUGCUACCAGUGUUGAUGAUAUCUGUGCAUAAUACAAUUAUAACAAGCUACGAUUAGUGGCCACCAUGUUAAAUACACUAUUUAUAUCUAUAGGAAUAAAUAACAGAGAAGCCUACAAAUGUAAAUGCUCCAUUAAGAAAAUGAUAUUAACCUAUUUUUCCUAUGGGCACUCCGUACGAUAUAUUUGUUUUUAUUUUUUAGACGAUUUAUAUAAGUUAAGUUUUAUUAAUAUUACUAAUGUUGUUCUUUUUUUGCUUCAUUCCAGAGUGUUCUUUAUAUGAAUCUGUGAUAAUGUAUUUUUUAUAGACUGUACUCAACAUCUGUGAUCAAAGCAGAAAAUGUUAUUAUAACUAUACAAAUAAAGCUAUACAAAUAAA